GUAGAUUUAUUAUAUGUACCAUCUUCUAUAUAUUUUGCAGUCAGCUACCCAAGUCCUCUCGUCUCUUUCGUAUGCACAAGUCUAUAAUAACACCCCGAAAAUGGAAGCGCAAACGAUGAAGAAGCCGAUAAAUAUUAAAAUGGAUUCCGAAAAAACAGCUGACAAAGAAGAACAAGAUGGGAAAAACAAAACAAUUGUGCACUCCUACGGCAGUCAUGUAGACGAGGAAGAAGAGCGCAAAAUUGAGUGUAUGAGAAAGCUUGUCGAAAAGCAUGAUCCAUCCGUUAAGGAAGUAGACAAUCCUACACUGAGAAGGUUCCUGCGAGCGAGAGAUCAGGACAUCGAAAAAGCGAGUGCAAUGUUUGUAAAAUAUUUGAAGUGGAAACAAACGUUUAUUCCAAAAGGGAGCGUUUCGGAAUCAGAGAUAUCAAAUCAUUUGGCGCAAAACAAGCAGUUUCUACAGGGAGUUGAUAAACAAGGACGCCCCAUCACUGUGUUGUUCGGAGGCAGACAUUUACCUAAAAAGAUACCAGAUGGUGGUGUAGAAGAACUCAAGCGUUUCAUGGUUUUUGCGCUUGGAAAAAUAUGCUCCAGGAUGGCAGCAGGACAGGAGAAGUUCGUAGUAAUAGCUGAUCUUCAGGGCUGGGGAUAUUGUAACAGCGACGUCCGGGGUUGCAUUGCUGCCCUCACCCUUUUGCAGGAUUACUACCCGGAGAGACUGGGGAAAUUGCUGAUAGUCCAUGUGCCUUGCAUCUUCAUGACUGUGUGGAAGCUCAUCUAUCCCUUCAUCGACAACAAUACCAAGAAAAAACUGGUGUUUGUGGAAAACAAGCGACUGAAAGAGACACUAAUGGAAGACAUUGAUGAGAGCCAGCUCCCAGCUAUCUACGGAGGCAAAUUGCCGUUGGUUCCUAUCCAACAUGCCUGAUCGAAGGACUGUGAUUGCUCUUUACAACUCCUUUCCGGUUCCAACAUCUAUCAGGCUUGCUUUUAUUUUAGUGUUCACUCCUGUCCUGUGUAGUUCUGUAAAUGGAUCGGAGAACCGGUAUGACCCUGUGUAAUUAUGUGAAUGAAUCGGAAAUCCGGUCCGAUCCACUCGUGUCAACUGUCAUCCUAUGCGAGUAGCAAUUUUUUUUUUUUUUUUACAAAGAGUAAUUAAAUUUCUUGCGGGUUCAAAAACAGUCAGAGAUUGUUUAUCAGAUACUAGAUCACGUGGCA